GGAGUUAUUUGCAGCUAUUCUCAGAGACAAGAGCCCCAGUUGGUGUGUGUGUUCCCCAGCUGGGGUGAUGGGGCAUAGGGAGUUCAGUCAGUGCUUCGGGUCUCUUCCCAGGGGGGUCUCAAAGCAGUCAAGUCUCUCAGAAAAUGACGGGUUUAGGUUUCUUAUUUUAUUAUAUGAAAUAAGUGUUUUUUUCAACAGAUAAGUCACUUAGUGAAUUUAUGUGCGUAUUUAUAUUCUGAAUUUUAUCUUUGGCAAAAUAAAGCUGUUAAGACUCCUGUUGAACUCAAGCUGGAGCAGCAUUUUAAUGCCAGUGUGGCAAUCUGUUCUGACUUACUCUGCUCCUCGACUCAAAAUAAACUGUGUGUAAAACUGGUGUAUUCAAACACAACUCUCCAACUAAUUGUGCAGUUUGGUAGCGCUUGGGAGAAGUUGAAGCACCAGGAGAGUGAGUGAGGUGCUGGUUUGUCGUUGUGGACCCCUUGUCCUUGGCUGUCCAUCCCAGCCCCAUCCUCAUGGAUUGUUGUGACGCACCGAUGGCGAACAGGGAGGAGAUGCCUUCUGGCACGGCUGGCCACCGUCCUCCUCACCUUAGUGCUCUCCACCCAGACAUGCACAGUUGGGUGAGGUCACAGGGGUCUGCAAAGCUCUCUGGUCCUCCAUGUCUCAUCUCAGGGACAAUCCUGACAGGGUUUAGUGCAGCAGUUCCAAGUACUGGAUGGCUGGAAAAGCAGUUGGCGGUGAGGGUUUGCAGUGCCCUCCUCUGCCUCCAAACAUCCUUCCCUCUCUGCAGAGCUGCUGUUGUAGGAAAUGUGCCAUGGAUUUGGUGGAGUUGUAGGCUGAGGAGGUGGCUCCUACUAGACCAGAUGACAGAGCUGGGGAAUAGAAGUCUUUUUUUUGAAUGUGGGUCAGGGAGGAGCAGCUGCCGUGGUGCGGGGUGGGUGACUGGGGACGCCGUGGCAGCCCAGGCUGCGCCGUGGUGCGCGGUAUCCCUUUCACUCUCAAGCUGUUCGUGCUAGUUUGUGAGGCUUAUCUCUGAAGCAAACACUGCUGUGGUUCUCCUGGCUGUUGUAAGAUGGUGAUGGGAGCAGUAGGUGUUCAUCCCCACCCGGCUGCCUCCCGCUCAGUGAGAGCCUUUGACGUACAGGAGCCGACAGAACUGCUCUCUUUUGACUUCUCUCUCCUUUCCCGAAAUGGCCGGGAGAGUGAUAUUCGGGUCAGCUGCCUCCAGUGUGUCAUUUUCUUUUGACACUCAUCCCUCCGAGCGAAGAGGAGGAGCCCGGUGGGGAAACGCUGUGGAGCUGUUGGCUGCAGUGGACUGGGGUGUAGUUAAAAGGGUGCUGUGGUUAUUCGAGUUGCUAAUCACAUCAAGGCAGGGACAUCUCUCUGAUGCCUGACUGGAACUGUAUGGGAGUGAGGAUGGCCUUUCCCAGACCUCGCUGCCAGAGAGCUGGAGGGACCCAGGCACCUUCCCCGUCCCUCAGCUGGGUCUGAGCCCCCCGUGUUCGCCCUCUGAUGUCUGAGGAACUGCUGAAGGAUGCGGCCGCGGGCGCCGAGGGCUGUCUCGCUAACAAGGAGACUCCUCAAAGGCCUGCAGAGGAGACGUAGGAUCUUCAAGCAAGUUCUGGCAGCAGGAUCCCGAUAACAGAUAAACUCACUUGACCACCAUGAGUUGGAGCUUUCUGACCCGCCUGUUAGAGGAGAUCCAGAACCACUCGACCUUUGUUGGCAAGAUCUGGCUGACAGUGUUGAUUGUGUUCCGGAUUGUCCUGAUUGCCGUGGGGGGAGAGUCCAUUUACUACGACGAGCAGAGCAAGUUCGUGUGCAACACGGAGCAGCCGGGCUGCGAGAACGUCUGCUACGACGCCUUCGCCCCCCUCUCGCACGUCAGGUUCUGGGUCUUCCAGAUCAUCCUGGUGGCCACUCCCUCGGUGCUGUACCUGGGCUACGCCAUCCACAAGAUCGCCCGGAUGGUGGAGCACGGCGAGGCCGGGAGGAGGGGCCGCAGGAGGAGCCUGCCCAUCCGCUGGAAGCAGCACCGCGGCCUGGAGGAGGCUGAGGGCGACCACGAGGAAGACCCGAUGAUGUACCCGGAGAUGGAGGUGGAGAGUGUCCGGGAGAGCAAGGAGAAGCAGAGCCCCGCCAAGGCCAAGCACGACGGCCGGCGGCAGAUCCGGGAGGACGGGCUCAUGAGGAUUUACGUGCUGCAGCUCCUGGCCAGGGCCCUGUUCGAGGUUGGCUUCCUGGUGGGGCAGUACUUCCUGUACGGCUUCCAGGUGAGCCCCGUGUUCGUGUGCAGCAGGAAGCCCUGCCCGCACAGAGUCGACUGCUUCAUCUCCAGGCCGACCGAGAAGACCAUCUUCCUGCUGAUAAUGUACGGGGUGAGCUGCAUGUGCCUGCUCCUGAAUGUCUGGGAGAUGCUGCACUUGGGGUUGGGCACCAUCCGGGACACACUCAACAGCAAGAGGAAGGAGCUGGCGGACUCUGGGACCUUCAACUACCCGUUCACCUGGAACACCCCGUCGGCUCCCCCCGGGUACAACAUCGCCCUGAAGCCGGAGCAGAUGCCGUGCACGGAGCUGUCCAACGCCAAGAUGGCCUACAAGCAGAACAAAGCCAACAUAGCUCAGGAGCAGCAGUACGGCAGCACCGAGGGCAACAUCCCCACCGACCUGGAGAUCCUGCAGAGGGAAAUCAAAGUGGCUCAGGACCGCCUGGACCUCGCCAUCCAGGCCUACAACAACCAAAACAACCCCGGCAGUUCCAGAGGGAAGAAGUCCAAAGCAGGCUCGAACAAAAGCAGUGCCAGUAGCAAGUCAGGAGAUGGGAAGAACUCGGUCUGGAUUUAAUGUUGGCUGAGUUGAUGUGCUGUGGUUUUCUCUCCUAGUUUAUCAUAAUAACCAGCAGCCCCAUCAAUAAUGGCUUCCAUUAAGGGAAUAUUUGACUCUGCUUAUUUUCAGGGAUACCGUUGGCUAGUGAUGCAGCCCCUGGAGAGGGUUUAUACACUGACUCUGGGACUAUAGAACUUUAUUCUUUUGUCUUCCAAGUCAGGAGACAAAUAGGUAUAUUUAAUUCAUUCUCAUUGAACGGUUUAUACUGUAUGUACAGUAUUAUAGUACAUUUAUUAUGCACAAUUUUUUUUGUAUUUGUACACUGGAUCUGAUGUUACACUUUUUAUAUCGACCAGGACAAGGCCAUGGGUAGCCGUUAAUUAGCAUUUUGUUAAUUUUAUUAUUGUUGUCAGCAGUUAUGUCGUUGUUCUUCCUUGUUUUCCGAGUAAAACUUUUUAUAAA